AUGUUCCUAGAGUUUUAUUGCCGGUAUUUAAUAAUUUUGCUGUAAAUUUCACGCUUGAAGUUACUGACGGUGCUUGCUACAAAUGGUAACUAUCAUUUCUUUUAUAAUUAACUCUGUUGCUCUCUUAUUUGUAAUUCAAUCUUCUAGUUCAUACGUUUGAUGUUAAAUCAAUUCUUUUUAGAAUUAUAUUUUUCAUGUCAAAUUUUUUAUUCUUUCUUACUUAUUUUAGUACUACAAUUUCUGAUAUACUUUGUUGUAGUGUUAUUUUUGAAAUAAAAUGUUAUUUGAUAACAGGUCAACAUCACGAUUAGAUAUUAUCCAAUUGAUUCCUAUAAAUGAAAAUGUCGAAAGGACUUGUUCUUCUGCUAUAUUGAUUCAAACAAUAACAAGAGAGUCCACUAGAAACACUGCAAUAGUAUUGGCAGAAGAUGCUAACAACGGACAGUUCUUAAGAUGUGAUGUUAUAGUUGACGUAAUUUUUUCUUUAAAUCUUGUGACAACUACAAGAGAAUUGUACAUUGAAGAAGCACCAGAAGCAUUCGAAGUACGUGCUUAUGAUGAACAAGGAAAUGAAUUUACAACUCUUGCUGGAGUAGAAUUUCUUUGGAGCAUAGACAAUGCUGAUAAGUAUAUGCCAGACUCUAAAGCACCAAAUGCUAUUUUAAGAUUUAUGACUUAUCUGGAAUCACAAUAUGAAACUCCGCCAACAGUUGCUGCAUUAGAUGCAAUUGGUAAGAAAGGUCAUAUUGUGUUGCUGGAAGGAAUAAAAACUGGUACAGCAAAGGUUUCUGUGAAAUUACCUUAUCCAGAAUAUAAACACGUUCCACCAAUAGAAGUUGAAUUAAUUGUAAUAGCUAAUUUAAUUAUUAUUCCAUCAGACACAACAGUUAUGGCAUAUGAUAGUUUCAAGUAUAAAAUAAUGCAAGUUCGUCAAGGUCGUUUAGAAGAAAUAAGUUUGCCAUCUAGCCAAUAUUAUCUAGAAGCAGAAAAUCCUAACAUAUUAGAAAUUGAUAAUGAUCGUGAUUUUGCAUAUGCUAAAUCUUUAGGACGUACCAAAGUAUUUUUACAUGACAAAAAUGUACGUGAUGAAUAUCCUGUUAUUUUGCCAUCUGCUACAGUUAAUGUAAAUGAUGUAGCGUAUAUAAUGCUUACUGUUUUACCCAAUAGAAAUUGGGGUUUAGUACUUGGUCAUACUCAUGAAAUUGUUGUUGAAUUAUAUGACAACAAAGAUCAUAAAUUUCACAUUGGAGAAGGUGUUGAGGUGUCAGUGAAAUUAAAUGAAUAUUACUUUGAACCAAAAUUGAUAACGCAAAACGGUACAUAUAUUGUCGGUGUACCUGUCACAUGUGGAACAAUGACUGUUGAAGCUACUCUUUAUGGCAUAAUUGAUAAACAUGGUAAAAAAGUCUCUCUUGCUUCACAUCCUACUACAAGAGCUGAGCUUUUAAUUCAUACUCCUGUUAUUAUACAACCUAAAAUAUUGGCAGUUCCAUGGGAUUUUAAAGCUAAAUCGAGAUAUGAUAUUGUAUUAAAAGCAAGUGGAGGAGAUGGAUCGUAUGUAUGGUCAAGCAAACAUCCUUCUAUAGCAACAAUUUCUCAAAAUGGAGGAAUGAGGAUUUUAGCAGCUGGUGUAACAGAAAUAAAUGUUGCUAUGACAAGAAAUCAGUAUAAUAAAGAUACCGCAAGAGUAUAUGUAUUACCACCAUCCAAAGUAAAAAUAAUUGAAUACAGUAUGGAAGCUGCUGUAGGAGAACAAAUUUUUCUUCACAUUGCAUUAUAUGGAAGAUUAAUUAAUGGAACAGAUUCUAAAGAAAUUCCUUUUAAUGACUGCAGAGAUAUUAAUUUUGAAAUAUACAUUCCAGAUGGCAAUUUUGUACAAAACAAUAGUAGUGCCAUAGAACCUGCCAUAGGUAUUGCAUGUGCAGUUAUAGCAAUUACUAGUGUAGAUAUUGGAACAUCCGAAGUAACAGUAGGAUAUAAUGCAAAUGGUCAAUAUUUGACUGAUAAUGUUACUGUGUCGGCCUAUGAACCUUUAAUAGCAAUACAUCCAAGCAAUAAGGAAACUUUAUUAACAGUGGGUUCAUCAAGAAAAAUAAUUUUUAGAGGUGGACCCCAUCCAUGGUCUAACAAGCCUCAAAGUUAUUCACGAAAAAUUCAAGUAUCUGAGAAAAAAAUUGUUGAUGUAAUAGAAUAUUCUGAUUCUUCAGCUGGAUUAUACGAUAUAUCCAUUUUUGAAGUAAUGUGUCGUAGCCUUGGAGAAGUGGAUGUAACAUAUACGAUUUCAAAUAUUCCUCUACUGCCAAAUUGUAAAAGUACAUAUGCAUUUGAAACGAUUAAAGUGAUUUGUGGCAAACCCAGACAUAUUUAUCUUCAACCUGAAUUUAAAGAUAGUAAGAAUUGCCCUAUUAGCAAUAUUAAUACAGAAAGAAUAAUGGCACAUAGCGACAAAAAUUUAAAGCUUAUUACAGUGAUAAAAGACGAGGAAGGUAGAACAUUCGAUAAUAUAACGAGUUUACGCAUUGAAUGGAAUUUGAAACCCUCGACUAUAGGUUUCGUAGAAAUGCCUUCUGGUUCUAUAGAGGGAACAAUUAUAGAUAUGAAUGUUAUUUUACCAAAAAAUUACUAUCAGAAUGUCAUCUUUAAAAAACAUUCUGGUACUCUUGCAUUAACAGCUACAGUUACGGGUUAUCAAAAAUAUAUAUUGAGUAAAUUAAAAAUAAUACCAGAAUGGCCACCAUUCGCAAUUGAAACUGAAAGAAAAAUCUAUGAAACGCCUCUUAUAGAAACUUCUGUGGAAAUAGUUUUAGUCAAUGAUACAUCUGUUACUCCUGAUAAAUUAAUGGUAUUAAAUGAUCCUACCGCAAAAUAUUACUUACAAGUGAGCCAAGGCUCUGGUUAUUAUGAAUUUGUAUUGAGUUCAGAUGAUAUUGCAGAAGUUCGAUACAUAGAGUCAACAAAAGCAAUUAGCUUUAUUCCAAAAAAAUCUGGAGUACUUCAUUUAUCAUUAGUAGAUCUUUGUUUGCCUUCAAAGCCAGCUGAAGUUACAAUUGAAAUACAACAACUUGCCAUAAUAGAAAUAGAAACAGUGAAUAAAAUUGAAAAAGGAAAGUGCAUAGUAGCUGCAUUAAAACUUUACGACACAAAUGGCCAUGCUAUAAAAUUACCAUCUCUAAAUGCUCUAGAUUUUAAAGCAGAAAUCGAUAAUGAAUGCAUAGAAGUUAAACAAUUACCUGCUAGUGAACAUGGUAAUUCUCCUUAUAAUCAAUUGUUAUAUAUGAUAUAUGGAAUGGCAGAAGGAGAGUCUCAAUUAAUUUUUGUCAGUAAAGGUGGUGAAAAAGAGAUACAGAGUGAAUCAGCAACUAUUCAAGUCUUCCUUCCUUUAAGAGUUUUUCCGAAAAAUUUAACAAUAUUAGUAGGAACUGUUUAUCAAGUACAAACAAUAGGAGGACCAUCAAAUGCAGAAAUUGAAUUCUCUACUGAAAAUAAUGAUAUUCUAAAUAUUGAUCAUAAUGGUAUAUUCGAAGGAAAAUUAGUUGGGCAAAUAAAAAUUAUUGUUAGAGCCAUUGGUCUUAAUGCUAAAGGCAACAAAGUUAUUUAUUCUGAAGACCAUGCUGACAUACAUGUGUUACAUCUUGAAGGAGUUAAAAUUGUUGUACCAACAAGUAGAGUUAAAGUAGGUGCAAUAUUUCCACUUUGGGCCUUUGGUAUCCCAGAACAUUUAACUCCUCUUAUAAUAGGUUCUAUGCAGUUACCAUUGACUUUUAUGUGGUCAUCUAGUGAUUCUAAUUUAGUGACAUUGCACAAUAUGUAUGAAGGCACUGGCAUUAACAUCAGAUACCAAAAUGAGGUAUCUUUGAGGGCCAAAGCAGUUGGCCCUGGAUUAGCAACUAUUUAUUUAAAUGUUACAAUGCCAUCUAAUAUAUUAACUGGUUUUAAAGGUGAUGUAACAUAUACUACAUUUGUGAAAGUUGAAAUUUUUGAGGAAUUGCGUUUAAUGCACUUGGGACUACCUUUGAAUGCACCAGUCAUAUUAAUGUCUCCAAAUUCUGUCUUGAAAUUAGAAACAAAUCGUGACAAGCAUGGUUCAACUCUUUAUAAAGUAUUAUCUACUAUACAUGGAAAUGAUUCAAUGGAUUUACAGGCUUUAACACUUGCGUCUAAAACUGUUACUAUUGAUAAAAAUGGCAUCAUAAAAGCCGGCGAGACUAUUGGAAAAAUAAUUAUUUCUAUUACAAACACUGAAGCAUAUAAUUUAAAACAAUCACUAACAGUUAUUGUUGAAGUUAAACCUAUUCAUUAUAUGAUGUUAUCUUUAAAAUCAAUUUUACGUAUUCGAAAUGGAGAAGAAUUGAAUAUGUUACCGAAAGGUAUGGAAUUGGACUAUGUUCUCGAAUAUUAUGACAAUAUUGGAACAAAGUUUCAUGCCGUUGAAGUUGAUGCUAAAACUAUAUUAAAUCGAGUGGAUCUUGUAUCAUUUACUAGAAAUUCUGAAAAUAUAGUUACUGCAAAAUUCAUUGAGAAUGGAGAUCUUGUUGUAAAAGUAUACAAUGAAAAAUAUCCUAAUGCAAUGUUUGAUUAUGUACAUAUGAUGAUUGGUGAUAUAGUUUUUCCUACAAAGACUACACUAACAGUAGGCGACAUAGUGUGCUUUUCAAUGCCACUUCUAUCUUUUGAUGGCGAUCCAGGUUAUUGGCAAUCUUCUGCUCCUGAAAUAUUAACUGUAGAUCCUAUUACAGGAAUAGGUCGAGCAAAGAACAUUGGUUAUGCAGUAGUAAAACAUAGUCUUGCAACUCAUAUGCAAGGUGAAAUAGAAGUUCAUAUUCAACCUAUUGCAAAGGUGUCGAUUGUACCAUUAAGAGGCCGAAAUAUUACUGGAACUGAAAUUUUUAGUGUUCCUGUUGUACUUAAGAGUAAAGAUGAACAAGUUAAAGAAAAUAAUAUCCUGUCUAGAGGUUUAGGUGGUUGUAGAACGUUCAGUUCAUUUACUUUAAAUUCAUUUCCUUACACAUGUAAUAUACAGUUCGUUUCAUCGACUUCAUCUAUUGGAGUAAAAGAUCUGUUUCUUGUCAAACCGCGGUUUGAUAUUGCGACUGGUUUUUAUUAUUGUGAUAUACUUCCAAUGGGUUCUCCAAAUAUAAUUUCUAGUACAUUAGAAAGUCGUAUUCAAAUAAGUGCACAAAGUAAAGAUAUUGAAGCUUUGCCUUUAGAAAUUGAUGUACCAGAUGGAAUGACUAUAAGUGCUCGACAGUUUAUUUCAAAAUCUACAAUACAAUAUAAACUUCGUUUGAUGCAUAAUCAGGAAGAAAUCCAAGGCCAAAAAGUUAUUAUUGCAAAUGAUAUUACAAAGCAGAAUAUAUCCCUUUUCGUACGUGUAACAAAAUAUGAAAAUUUCAUACCAUUAUCUGGAAUCCACUGGGUAGAUUAUAUGUAUUUCCAUCGUUAUACAUUUGGAACAUUUGCUGUUGUUGUAAUUACUUUUUUUUAUACUGAUAAAUGCCCUCCUCAAUUGAAAAAGACUAGUACACCCUGUUCACCUCCAUUAAAUACAACUAUGUCAACUCCAAGAACUCCAGUUACACCGACAAGAUUUUCAUUUUCUGCAUUUGAUCCAGUUUAUGGUGAUCCUCGUGGUCUCUAUUCGACAAGUAAACGAAAUAGAUCAUUGAAUACCUAAAAAGACAUAAUAAAAGUAGUUUCAAUUUAAGGAUGCAUUGUACAGUGUACUUAUAAUCUUAAUUACAUUUACUUUUAAAGAAACAUUCGACUGUCAAACUAGUGCCUUAUUGUCGUAAUUUCUAAUUCUUUUAUAAUUUAUAUUGUAAGAUUAAUUAUUGUUUAUAUUAUUUAUGUCUAAUAGCAAUACACUGAAUGUAUAA